AUGAACACACACCUGCCCCUGCCACCUUCCGCGUCGUGGCCCCCUCUUACAAAGGGAGGAGUAAAGAUGGAGCCUGUCUUGCCUCCAACAGAAGCCCGAAUCAUCCGUCCUUUUGUGUGUUGCUUCCAACACUUGUAUUCCAUCCAACACAUGUUGCCUUACCCUUAUGGUGCAGGCAAAUCCACUGGUCUCAGCUCUCUGCCCAGGAAGUCAGGUACAGCUGGAAAGAAUGUGGAAUGCAGGGAAAUGUCUCGUUUGCUCGAGAGCUUUCUUUACUCAUAUCACCACCUCAACACUGAAAAUAGCCUUAUUUUAGUAAGAUUUGCACACAAUGAGCUCUGCCUAUGCAAACUGUUAUUUUGUUUUUUAGGACUCUGA